GAUGCGACGUUUUAGUUGUUUUUGAUCGGCGAGCUGAGGCAGUUCCAGGUUUGCGAGGUUUGCAGUCACACUGGAAAGCAUUUUCAAGUUCUAGAGAAAAAUCCCAUUAAAAUUCGUCAAAAUGACCACAUUACGGCCCUUCACUUGCAACGAUAUGUUCAAAUUCAACAAAGUGAAUCUGGAUCCUCUGACUGAAACCUACUGCCUGGCAUUCUACAUGCAGUACUUGGCCCAUUGGCCGGAGUAUUUCCAGGUUGCCGAAUCGCCGAGCGGUGAAAUCAUGGGCUACAUCAUGGGAAAGGCAGCCGGCCACGGGGAAAACUGGCACGGCCACGUAACCGCAUUGACCGUUUCGCCGGAUUAUCGCCGUCUGGGACUGGCCGCCACUUUGAUGAACUUCCUGGAGGACGUCUCGGAGAAGAAGCGAUGUUACUUUGUGGAUCUGUUCGUGCGGGUUAGCAACAAGGUGGCCAUCGACAUGUACACCAAACUGGGCUACAUCGUGUAUCGGACGGUGCUGGAGUAUUACGUGGGCGAUCCGGAUGAGGACGCGUACGAUAUGAGGAAGGCUUGCUCGAGGGAUGUCCACCGGAAGUCGGUGAUUCCGUUGACGCAUCCCGUGCGCCCGGACGAAGUGGACUGAUAGUAAUGAGGUGGGGGAGAAUAUCAAUUGUGAAAAUUACAAUUGUAAGCAAAAAUUGUACAUUUCGAAUACAUCAUAAGUAAAACAUGUCAUUAUCAAAAUUUAA